AUGCGCCGGUUUUGUGACCUAUUAUCUGUUACUUCAACUACGACAACGUCAGAACCAGCUAACACAAGUCUAAAUCUAUGUGUACAACCAACCGUUUCUCGUGGUAAUUCGACUUUUAAUUCUACGAUUCUUGCUCAAGAUUUUAAAAUUGUUGGCCCGGCAGAUGUCGAUCCUAGUCCUGCUGACGUCAAUCCUAGUCCUGCAGACGUCAAUCCUAGUCCUGCAGACGUCAAUCAAAUAGUUACAAGUCUGAAUAAACAAAUGUCUUUUUUCGGAAGCAAUACUCAAACAAAUUCUCCAGGUGUUAUGCGCGAUUGCCAACAAACAACACUUAAUACUAAUACAGAAAUUCAGUCUCACGAUGGCAUACCAACAUGGUAUUAUAGGAUUUUACGUGGUCCGAUUGCUAACGAUGUAACCGCUUUACAAAGAAUAAGUAUUACUAAUGCAAAGAAUAUUGAUCAUGUCGCAUUUUUCUAUGCAGACAAUAGUCAGAAUGCGUUAAGUACAUCUCCUUUAUUAUCUACACCAGACGGAUCAGAUACUCAAACAAUAACAGGCUUUCCACCAUACUACCAUGCAUCAGCUAUUUUAUUAAAAUUUUAUCCAUCUACAUCGUCAACGUCAAAUAUCCAUAAGGCUAGCGUGACGCAGAGUCAAGCCUGUCUAAAUAUUGUUGAAGAUGAAAUACCCUGUAUACUAUCCAUUAUUAAAAUUCAUUCAAAAAGAAUUCAACCGGGUAGUACAGGAAGCAUAGGACCCUCAGCCGUUUGGUAUUGGACACCACCACAACCAACUGCUCAAGGUUUUUCGAGUGCUUUACAAUCGUGCUCUUGUCCAAGACAUACAAUAAAGCUAUUAACUAUUACCUAUUUAAAUCCUGAUCGGACUGUACAAACAUAUUCCAAUGGAACACAAUUAGUCUACAUAACAGCACCAGGUAAACAAGACAUUAGUGCAUUGCCACUAACACCUGUGUCGCUGGUGAAGAUGCACGUUCAUGGAAUAAUACAAAAAAAUCCGCCAACUGAGUUAGAAGUUCAUUGUAUUGUGUGCUUUCAACAAUUAACACCAGCAAACCUCAUGAUGGUAAAUGAAAGAAGUUUUAUUCUAUUAUAA